AUGGCGUCGUAUCCAUCAGCAGGCCGGCCGGCGCAAUCAUUACCACAAGCGGGAGCCGCCAAACCGCCUGUUAAGCAAGAGCCAGGCGGCGCAGCAGCAGGCGGAGCGGCGGGAGCCGCAGGCCCCGCGGGGGGAGCUGGCGGAAGCGCCUCCGCUUCCGCCUCCGCAAAAAAGGCGGUUCCGCCAGCCGCGUGCAGCGGGUGCGGGGCGGCGGGGGGAGACCUUUCGCAGAGCGAGUGUGGACAUAUGUCGCUCUGUAACGCGUGCGGUCGAAGCAUGGCUGAGAAGCAAGCCACGUGUCAGCAGUGCGGCGCGGUAGUGGAUAAGCUAGUAAAAGAAUUCCUAGUCCGCGUUAAGCCGGUCAGCAGAGACUAUUUUAUCGGGAAAUUUCCGCAAGGGCUGCCCGGGCUGAAAAAAGGCGACGAGAGGGGGUGGACGAUGAAACGAGAAGGGGUAUCUUCCGGGAAAGUUCUGUCCGAGGCUGCGCGGGCCAAGGCGCGCACGCGACCACUGCUACUAGAGGACGACACGGGCCAGGCGUCGUAUGUGGGGCACAUGGAGGGUGGGUGGCAGCAUUCGGCGUAUUAUCUGCUGGUCAUGCACGGCAAGGAGUUUGUCGCCAUUCCCGCUAGCCAGUGGUAUGCCUUUGGAAAGCAAGCCCAGUACAAGACGCUAACCCUAGAGGAAGCAGAGGGGAAGAAGGGCGGGGAUGAUGACGAUGAUGAAGUGCCCAAGGAAGAGUUCGAGCUGGAAAUGGAUGGGGAUAAAGGUGAGCGGGACUUGACAUGUGUGGCACUGAGGAUGAAAACGUAUGUGAUGGCACGGAGGCUAUUGAGGAAGAAGGGAGGGGGUGAUGAGGAUGAUGAGGUGCCCAAGGAAGAGCUUGAAUUGGAGAUGGACGGGGAUAAAGGCGAGGACUGGGAGCACGACGAGCUCUUUUCAGAUGAUGACGAGGCAACGGCAAUGCAGCCAGAGGAUAAGGAGGACGAGAAGGAGCAGGAGAGGAGCCCGGUUAAAGAGCCAGGGGACAAGGAGGACGAGAAGGAGCAGGAGAGGAGCCCGGCUAAGGAGGAGGAGGUGGAGGAAGAGGAGGAGGAGGAGGGCGAGGGGCAGGAGGAAGGGGAGGGGAUAUCACUGAGCCAUGCAGGCAAGGCAUUAAAGAAGCUGCUGCAUAAGGCCGGGGUGGAAGGGGAGGAGGGGGUGGGGGCGAGGGGAAUCGGGGGAGCAGGAGAGGAGGAGGACGGGGAGGAUGACGAAGAGGAUUUAGAUAUAGCCUUCUCGCCUAUUUUCCAGAAGGGGAAGGGGGGUGGAGCAGCGGCGGGCGGGCAGGGGGUGGGAGGCGGGAAGGGGGAGGGGGGGGCAGCAGCGGCGUCUGUUGCUGCUGGUGCUGCUGCUGCGCUCAGUGCUGCUGCUGCAGCAGCGGCGGCAGCAGCAGGGAGGGGGCUGAAGCGAAAGGAUCUGGAGAAGGGUGCAACUGGGGGAGGUGCAUCUGGAGCAGCAGCAGGGGCAAAGAAAGGGAAGCUCGAGCCAGGGAAACGAACCCCUCCUCUGCCUGUGAAGCGGGAACCAGGGGCGGGUGGAGGUGCAGCAGGCAGGCCAGGGGGAGGUACAUCUGGGGGAGGUGCAUCUGGGGCAGCGGCAGGGCCGAAGCCGACAGCGGUGACAGAGGAAGCGGUGAAGGGGAUUUUGAGGCAGGCUCCUAUCAAGAGUGCCGAUCUGGUGAACCGCUUCCGAUCAUGCCUCAAGACUGCAGAGGAUAAGAAACGAUUUCAGGAGAUUAUCAAGCGGGUGGGCAAGAUUAAAGCGGUGAACGGAGAGAAGUUCAUCGUGCUCCGCUGA